AUGCGUUCCGGCAUUAUCGUGCCGCUCACACUGUUGGGCUCUACAGGAGCCUCUAUAGUCCCGCAGUUGAGGCGAUCAUCACCCGUGGUCUGCGGUCAGGAUGAGGUUUCUGAGCAUGAAAAAGAGUUGCUGGCAAGCCGACUAGGAGCAGGGACGAAAUCGAGCUAUCUCAGUUCGCGAGCCGACGAAGUUAUCGAUGUCAAUGUAUAUCAGCACGUCGUUGCGUUCAAUGAGACCUUGGAGGGCGGCUAUCUUUCCAAAGAUACAAUGACCGCGCAGUUUCAGCUGCUUCAGGAGUCCUUCGCACCCUUCAAUUUCAACCUGAAGCUCGCAGAAACUCAGUGGGUCGUCAACGAGACUCUCGCCUCCGUCAACAAAGGAGACGACAUCGAGACCGUCGUCAAACAGGCUCUCCGGAAAGGCACCUACGCCGAUCUGAACCUGUUCUACGUCGCCUACCUGACAGUCGGGCCCGGGAACGAAGGAACGGGCUGGUCGACGUGGCCGUGGGGCCUCGGCACCUGGACUCCCAACGGCACGGCGGAGCCCACGGAGUUUGACAAGUCCGUAGACGGGUGUUUCGUGAACUCCGCGACGGUGCCCAACGGCACCAACGACUGGGGCUACAACCAGGGCAAGAUCGCCGUGCACGAGGCGGGCCACUGGUUCGGCCUGUUCCAUGUCUUCGAGGGAGGCUGCUCAGGCCCCGGUGAUUACGUGAAUGAUACGUUCCCUCAGGGCACCUACACCUACACGAUCCAGGGCGUGUGCGAUGAUGCUCGGCCCGGGUGUUUCUUGGGCACUGAUCCCCCGAACUAUAAGAAUCACAUGGACUAUUCGGAUGAGUAA